UAGAACUCUUUCAUCUCUCUCUCUCUCUCUCUCACAUCUCGUUCUUCCUAGGGUUUGCUUCCUCUUCUGAAAUCGACCGAACUGAUGGAGGAGAAUCAGAAUCUAGAUGCGGCGAUCGACGCGAAGUUGAACGAGGAGAAGCAAGCGAGGCUCUCCGGCGAUGUGGCGGGAACGAAGAAGGCGGUGAUCGAUAUAGUUGAGCUCUGCUACAAGGCUGGAGCUUGGAAGACCCUCAAUGAUCAGAUCGUUCUUUUGUCAAAGAGGAGAGGACAACUCAAGCAGGCUGUAACUGCCAUGGUACAACAAGCUAUGCAGUACAUUGAUAAAACGCCUGAUAUCGAUACACGCAUAGAAUUGAUCAAAACAUUGAACAAUGUCUCUGCCGGGAAGAUAUAUGUUGAGAUAGAGAGGGCACGAUUGGUUAAAAUACUUGCAAAAAUCAAAGAACAGCAAGGCCAAAUUGCUGAAGCUGCAGAUUUGAUGCAAGAAGUUGCUGUGGAAACAUUUGGAGCCAUGGCAAAGACAGAAAAAAUAGCGUUCAUCCUUGAACAAGUUCGCUUGUGCUUGGACCGCCAAGAUUAUGUACGUGCUCAAAUUUUAUCAAGAAAAAUUAGUCCACGAGUUUUCAACGCAGAUACUUCAAAGGAAAAGAAAAAGCCGAAGGAAGGUGAUAAUGUUGUUGAAGAGGCUCCGGCUGAUAUUCCUUCACUCAUGGAGUUGAAGCGCAUAUAUUAUGAAUUAAUGAUUCGCUAUUAUUCUCACAGUAAUGAGUACCUAGAGAUUUGUCGUUGUUUCAAGGCAAUAUAUGAUAUUCCAUCAGUUAAAGAGGACCCAGCUCAGUGGAUACCGGUGCUGAGGAAAAUUUGUUGGUACUUGGUGUUGUCUCCACAUGAUCCAAUGCAAUCGAGUCUUCUUAACUCUACUUUGGAAGAUAAGAAUCUAUCUGAGAUUCCUAAUUUCCGUCUUCUAUUAAAGCAGCUUGUUACCAUGGAAGUAAUCCAGUGGACUCGUCUUUGGGAGAUGUUCAAGGAUGAGUUUGAGAAUGAGGCAAACAUGCUUGGAGGAGCUUUAGGUGCCAAGGCAGCUGAAGAUCUUAGGCAGAGAAUCAUUGAACAUAAUAUUUUGGUGGUGUCCAAAUAUUAUUCCCGGCUUACAUUAAAGAGAAUUGCUGAUCUGUUGUGCCUCACUUUACAGGAAGCUGAGAAGCAUCUAUCUGAAAUGGUGGUAUCGAAGUCUCUUAUAGCAAAGAUCGAUAGGCCUAUGGGCAUCGUAUCCUUUCAAUCUGCUAAAGACAGCAACGACAUUCUUAACUCGUGGGCGACAAACUUGGAGAAGCUUCUGGACCUUGUCGAGAAGAGUUGUCACCAAAUUCACAAGGAGACCAUGUUCCACAAGUCGGCGCUUAAAGCAUAGAAUACUGUAGUUCGAUCUCCUUGUACGAGAGAGCUCUUGCAAUCCUCAUUCUACACAAUCUCAAAUUUCUGAGCUGGAUCAGUGCUUAAAUUAACAUGAUGGGUAUUUCAUUUCUGUAGUUGCUUCUUUGUGUGUUAAUUCAGUGUCAUUACAUUUCUUAUACGAUGUUUAUUUGCAUGUCAAUCGGCUUUGCUUUGAUACUUUUGAUGUGGUAGUUGGUGAUGAUCUUGUGUUCCUAGCUUGCAUUGAUUAAAAAGACUGGCAGAAAUGUAGUGAAUCUGGUUAAGACUGAUAUCGCCAAAAAAAA